AAAGGUCUCAGAAGUUCUCACGGCCGUUUUUGUUGUUGCUGGGCGCUUUUGAGAGCGAACGUCAUAAGAGGCUGUCAUCCAAACCGUAUAGCGCGUCGGUGCUGUGAGGAUGGGUAUCCAUGGACUAGCGCCUUUCCUUCAGAAGACUUGUCCCGAUGUCAUAAGAGAGUUGCCGAACCGGCUUAGGGCCCUAGCGGGGAAGACCAUAGCCGUCGACGGAACUCUAGUGACACAACGGCUGCAUUUCUCGAACAUCCCGUACGAGUUCAAACACAUUCUUGGGUGGCAUAGGCUAUUGAUGGAACUGAGGGAUAACAACGUUGGCGUGAUAUGUGUAUUUGAUGGAAAGGAACGAAGUGAAGCCAAGCAGGCUGAGACAGAACGGCGACGCGCGGCCCGCUCCCUAGUGCUUGCUCGGAGCACAAUGGAACUCCAGCGCUCACGUCGUUUGCGGCAGAUGAGCGACUUACUGCGGUACCACGCAUCGAGAUCUCCGGGUAAUCAGACGUGCUACACUCCUGAAUUCAUAAAAAACACUCUGGUCCCCUUUCAUGCUGUAUCAGUCGCUUCUGAGGAGAUUAACGUGAAGAAACGCGAAGAAGUCCAACUUGGGCAGUUAUUAUCCGUUUCCCUGCCAAAGUUUGCGGCGAAUCGUUCUGCAGUAGCACUGAAUGAUGAUUCAUCGCUGAACGGCAGAGCGGAUCGCAUACCGCUAUCCCUGUUCUCACUGCACGGCUACCAGAAAUCUCACUCUGAACCGAAUCAGGAAAAUCAGCCGACUCUAUCACCCGCGCAAACCCCACCACCGGAUCCCCAGGGAAUACCCUUGCCCCAAGCCUCAACGGACGACAAUGUCGCCGCACCAACAUCUCCUUCAGGCCUGCUGCCGAUUUUGUCUAGAGCGACACCAGCUGAUCGGGGCAGUUUUAGCGACUUAGAGGAAUAUUAUCGCGCCUAUCGAAGGAGCGUCCCACUUUUUACCGUACCGCCAAAAGAACCCGCAACUGGAAAUGCGUCGACGCCUCGGACGAUGCAGAUGGAGGAUCCCUUGAGUGUUGACGAUGAGAGGGCUUCACAAUAUGCGAUCUCACGAUCUCAACACGAGAUGACCCUUCAAGAAGGUCUCAUUUGGGACUCAUUCUUCCAAACGCAAGAUCUUAGAUCCAGUGCAGAGCAGUUCGAAAUCCUUGCUGGCAAGAGUCAAGCACUGUAUAAGUCGUAUGAGCAUCGUGGAACACCGCCCACCGACAACACGUAUGUAGAGUGUAAGCUUAUUAUCGAAGCGAUGGGUGUUCCUGUUAUAGACUGUCCCCGUCCGUUCGAGGCCGAAGCAUUGGCAUCAAGUCUCGUCUUGAACGGUCACGCCGACUACGUUGCGAGUGAGGAUACGGACGUGUUGGUUUACCAAGCGCCUCUCAUUCGCAAUCUUACGAACCGAAAUGAGAAUUUAACUCUCAUUUCAGGCGCGGAAGUUCGAGAGCGACUUGAUUUGCCAUUGCAAUCUUACAUAGACUUUGCCCUCCUGCUAGGGACUGACUUCAGCCAGCGUCUCCGCGGUCUCGGGCCUCAUCGCGCAAUAGAACUCAUUCGAGCUCAUGGAAGUAUUGAACAAAUCCUCGACGCGCAAACACGACUGACACCGCCGAAUAAGUCACUAUGUACUCCCCGGCGUACAAGGACAACGAGGCCGGUUUCUAAGAGAGUCUACUCCCCAGAGCCACGGGCUUCUCGUGAAGAGUACCUCCUUGAGGUGCAGAAAGCCAGAAAGAUAUUCGAAACCCUCCCUCCCCUCCCAGAGAAUCUGCGGUUCAGCUUGAAUGCAGAGCGAAAAUACGACCAUACCCAGGUAGCAGAGAUCUUAGCGGAAUAUGGACUACCACGGUGGCUGCCAGAGGACGAAGCUGUGAUGCUUGAUCUUGACGUUGAUUACUUUUCGAACGCCAAUGCGACCGUUGGCAUGCAACAAUUUCAGGAGGCCAGGCCUUGACAAGGGCAUUAUUCCAUUUCUCUGUGAAGCCUCUACCUGAUGUGAGAUGCCCAAGCGACCUUUGAUCAUGCGUUGGGGCCCACCCCCCUAUGGUCACACUCUUCCCCAUUUUCCCUAAGCGCACAUUCCCAACUCCUUCGUUGACAGGCCUAGCGUCUUCACACUUGGUCCUUCAACACUCCCAAUGUCGAUCAUGUCUCCUUUGCCCGAAUGCCGGUGCCGUGGGGCCGUUUUAAUUCCUU